AUGGAUUCUUGUCCUAACUUUAGUUUAGGACUUAGUCAGUUAGAUAUACCUGUUGGGUUUGUUCCUGGUACAUUUCAUUUUGAAGAAUCCGAUUUCGCAGAGAAUCGUUCAAAGCAUCGAAACGAUCCCACAACAAUGAAAAAAUUGAAGGAAGCCACCACUUCCAAAUCAGAGAAAUCAACUUCAAAAACGGGCAUGAAAUAUCAUAUAGAUAAAAUCCCGGAGCACUCUUUGCAUAUUUUGAGCUUAUGCAACUGUGGUUUUGCUGGAGACAUAAAGUCUUAUUUUGGAGAAGAUGUUUUGGGGACAUUUAGAUAUACGUUAUUUGGAAUUUUUCUUGACCUUCCACAGUGCAACUGGAUUGGGAAGAUUUCAAAAUGUCUCCUUAUGCUAGAAAUUCAACAAGAUAUUAAGGAUGAGAUACAUGUGUGUGUGCAGGGGAAGAUUUUGAAAUUUACCAUGCUUGAAUUUGCCAUUAUCACCGGCCUGAAAUGCACCAGUGAUAUUGAUGAGUUUAUGUAUACUUCAUCAUCAAAAUCCCCUUUGAUGUUGAAGUAUUUUCCUGAAUCUGGAGGUGGUAUAACUAGGUCAAAACUGAUAACACGUGUGAAGAUGGGAAAUUUCGAGAACUCUGAAGAUGCUUUGAACCUUACGAUAUUAUAUUUUAUUCAUACAUUCAUGUUAUCUCAGCAUAAAGAAGCACCAAUCAGUGUAGCUCACUUCCAAAUGGUCGAGUGUUCUUUCAAGAAUUUACAGCCUACAAACAAAGAAGUCCGUACUUUAGAUUUGUUUUUCUUUGAGAAUUUUGUGGUUUUUGAUCCAAUAUCUGCUGCUUCCACUUCUGUUGCUGCAAAAAUACAAACGGCAGGUGAUGAAGAUCAAUCGCGUGUUGUCACUAGAGAUGACGACUAUGAUGAUUUCACCACUGGACCUACUCAGAAAUUUUUAAGAAAUGCUCAUUUGGCUAAACCUGUAUCAACUGAACAACCAUUCAAAAGAAGAAAAACAGUUAUACUUCAGAAAGUUAGUCCAGUUGCGACAGAUGGACAGAAAUCAACAAGUUCUCAUUCGGUAUGUCGUGUGUCGGAAAUUGGUGUUUCCCCUGAGCGCGAACAACUCAAGUCUGUUCCUUCGUCUUCCUCAAUGCCUGAAGGGACUUCUAAGUCUAAUUUAAAUGUGGAGCAGAUAAAGAGUUACAUCAAAACAUAUAUUGCUGAGCUGAAAACACUAAUCUCCAAUAUACCUACUGAGGUUGUUAAAGCAUUGAAGAAAGAAGAGAAUAAAGAAUCUUUGGAGGAGAAAAUUGUUCAUCAACAAGAAGGUGCAGAAGAAGAAUCAAAAAUAAAUGACAGUGUUCAUAAGAUUGAUUUGUCGCAUGAAGAUGAGUACACGAGUCCAAUCAUUCACAUAACCAAUGAUGAACCAACAGUACUUGAACCUUUGGAAACAGAGAUCCAAGAUUGUGUCCACGUUCAUACUGAAUGUCCAACAAUAGUUGAGGAUGAGCAUAUGAAUGAUCAAGAAGAGGGACAUGAAGAAGAAUUGAAAAACACGCACAUUACUGAAAUGAAAGAUAUAUUG